UAUCAGUUGCCGGCGCUUUGAGUUACGGAAUAGUGGUUCAGUGAUGGCGGCGCCCAUGAGUCAGUCUCUAGGGCCUCAAAAUCCGGGUCCUAGCGGAGCUCCCGGACCCCAGCUUGUCCCUGGAGGAAGCCAACAGCAGCAGCAACUUGGUCUCGCCCAGCAACAACAGGAAUUCGAUCCGGUGCAGAGAUACAGGAUGCUUAUCCCGCAGCUGAAAGAAAGCCUUCAGAAUCUCAUGAAAAUUGCGGCUCUGAAUCUGGCCCAGAACACCAACAUUGAUAACGGGCAGAAGAUUGGGGACGGCAGCGUGCAGAGGUUUGACAAGAGUCUGGAGGAGUUCUAUGCCCUGUGUGACCAGCUGGAGCUGUGUCUGCGGCUGGCCUACGAGUGCCUCUCUCAGAGCUACGACAGUGCCAAGCAUUCGCCAACCCUGGUGCCUACAGCUACCAAACCAGACGCCGUUCAGACGGAGAGCCUGCCCUACACCCAGUACCUGAGCAUGAUCAAGUCUCAGAUCGCGUGCGCCAAGGACAUCCAUAACGCUCUUCUGGAGUGUUCCAAAAAGAUCACCGGGAAGACUCCGACCACACAGGGCGUCUUGUGACCCUCGCCCAGAGCACCCUCAGACCAGGCUGGCACGCCCCUGGGAUCGUGGUCUCACAGGGACAGACUCUAAUACGUGACUUGGCCUCCAUCUUUUCUACACAAAUAAAACAGCGCUCCUCCCAGAGGAUGCCUGCCUUCUCGGAGGGACCCCCACCCUAACUGUAGGCUCCCUCCACGUCAGGUGGACCGGCAGCAAUCGACAUGGCUCUCGGACAGGACCUUGUCAUAGCUGUCUAACAUACUUUCAGUUCCUUAUUUUUCACAUCUCUGCUUGCUGGCAAUCAUUGUUUCCAUCCAGUGCCUGAAAAGGGUGCUCUGAUACAAUUACCAAACUGUGCACCUGUGCGAGCGGAACGCUGGGCGUAAACUGCAUACAUUCAUUAACUGACAGCAAGCAGAGAUGUUAAAAAUGGUGUGGAAUUGAAACACACAGGGAGAUUUAUCCUCUCCCUGAGGUGUAAAAGAAAAAACACAGUCCUUGCAAAAACCUUUUUUUUUUUUUUUUUUUAAAGUGGCAUUUCUCCACCUCUCUCUUCCCGUAUUAUGAAAAGUGGGAGUGGUUGGCGCCAGUGGGCCCGGCUCGCCCCUCGUCAUAAUUUAGGUGCGUUGUCCGGCAGCACAGGAGAUUUUAAAGACCAGGGUAAAACGCCGUCUAUGAUAAAUCUGUUAUAGAAUUAUAGAAGAUCCUCUGUUAUUCCUCCUGUAUACGAAGAAAUUAACAACUGGGCGUUACCUUUCCCGUCUGUCGUAGAGGUGUGGCCCAGCGCAGGCUGGCACCGUCAGCACUUAUUGGCCGGUGUUAGGCCACUUUCACACGACCAGGUUUUUUUUUUUUUUUUUUUUUUUUUU